UAAUAUUUAAAUCAAAUAACCCAAUCAAACAGGACUUUCACUUCCCAUCAUGCUCAGCAAAGGGGCUGAAUUGGGAGAGUAAAUGUUGAAAUAAAGUGUUUUUGCAUGCAUUUCUUAAUGUUCAAUAAGGUUGAACCACUGUAGUUACAUGCACUGUUUAAAAUAUAACUUUAGUAUCUUUCUGGGCAUUGAAAGUGUUAAUUAUCUUACUUGCAAUGGAGGCCUCACUGAGCCAUCGGAUUUUAUCAAAAAUAUCUUAAUUUGUGGAUGCAAAUCUACUGACAUGCAUAUCCAGGCAAAAAGCCAACAGCUCAAUUCAAAGAACAACACAUUACCAACUGUAGUCGUCUCUGGAGUGACAGCUGAAAUGGCCAAAUGAAGUCUCAAGACAUCUGAAAAUUAUAAUUAUAAAAAAAAAUUAAUUAACAAAUGACAAAAGGCACAAUGAAAUAAUAGUCAACUGACCUAAAAAAAGAAAAGAAGAAGACCAAACAUUUUCAAAUGCUUUAACAAACAUGUAACGCAAACAGCAUAAUUACAUAUGCAGCUUUCUCUCAUUCUGUGUCAGCAUACAGAAGUGAAGUGUAGCAGUCAAUGUGAAGCAACAAAAGCAAAAACACUAUUUAAGUAUAGUAUAUAAAUAUACCAUAUAACACUAUAUAAACUAGUUUAUACUUACACAGCAUAACAAAGAUGAUAGUCCGUGCUCUUAUAAAACCUGUGAUGAAAUAUGAUUUUUUAUUUAUUUAUUUAUUUAUUUUUUAUAUAAAAUCAAUGUAUUGGAUUAUACUGAAUUUUUAAGUUUGAGAAAACUAGAUUCACAUAUUCUGUGUUCAUGUUCAUAAAGGAUUUUUGGGUAGCAUGAAGUAGUCUUAAUCAUGACAAGAAAAAUCACCUUUAUGAAGAGGAAGCCAUUGACAAUGAUCAAGUUUCAUUUAAAGUUCAGAGGAAAAGCAAACACAAAUGAACUUUGGCACUGAUGCAUGACUUCUGUUUGUUUGUUUUAAACACAUGGAAAAUUCCACUGAAUUUAUGAAUUUACAUGUUGAAAGAAUUAUAUGUGAGGAUAGUUUUAAACAUUUAUAGUUUUAAAAGAAUAAAAAGUUGCUAUUGUAGUAAAAGUUGAAAUUCGCUCCUCAUUUGCAUAAAGUUGAGGUUUCUGAACUAGUAUGAGUUCAUGGGUGGGAAGUCACGGGUUUGACUGCUGUUCCAGUGCACUUUCACAGGUAGAAGGUUGGAAAAACAUGGGUUACGGGCUGCCUGGAACGCGGCAUUACACUCUUUACACUUACAAUAGCUUUUAAAAUCUAAAUCUAUGUUGUUUUGUGUCUGAAAUGCAAUCAAUUUCUUUCUUUCUUUCUUUCUUUCUUUCUUUCUUUCUUUCUUUCUUUCUUUCUUUCUUUCUUUCUUUCUUUCAUAAUGACUGGAAGAGGCCGUAGAUCUUAAUGAUUGUACAGAAUAAUACUUGGUAUCGUAAAGGCCCAAAAAAGAUCUCCUGUUUGGAUGUCUGAUGUCUAAAGAAACACGUGUAAAUCUUCUUUGAAUCGAUGUGUGUUGUGAAAAGGGCCUUACAAAUAAAUGGUGUUGAAGUGGCAUUUACAUUAUGAAUUGUCAUUUUGUGAAUAUGGAAGAGUGUUUUAUGUCAGUGAAGUUACAAAAACAUUUGCAUAGAAACGGGAAGUUACUAUAACCAUAAUAUAAGUUACUCAGUAACCUGUAUAACAUGUUCUGUCUCCAAAAUCUCCAAACAGUUGCUCUUUGUGUAUUAGCGAAGAAAGCUAUGACAAGGUGUCGUCUGUGAAGUUUGGUGUGGUGGUGAAGGUCAGAAUGGCUCUUGUUCUUCUUCUCAUCUUUCUGCUCAUGAAUUCUGGAGUUUUUGGACAAAACUGGAAUGUGAAUUAUAAAGAUAAUUCAAUAUGUGCUCUCAAAGGAUCCACAGUAAACAUGUCAUGCACAUACAGAUACCCUCAGCAGUAUCAACUGACAGAAACCUUUUGGAUCAAGAAACCAGAUGUAGACAUCAAAAGUUUAAAAGAAUAUCAGGAGUAUAAAGACAGGGUUGAAUACAUUGAAAACAGACAAAACAAAACUGCUGUUCUCAGACUGCACAACGUCACCGAAGAUGAUGAGAAAGAGUAUCGUUUCAGAUUAAUAACUGCAACUGCAGGACAAAAAUGGAUUGGUGAUCCAGGAAUUCAACUUAAAGUUUCUGCCCUUCAGGUUCAGGCUCCACAGCAGGUGCUGGAGAAAGAAACGGUCAAUCUGACAUGUAGAACUACCUGCGAUCUGACAGACAGAUUCAUCUGGUACAAAAAUGGACAGGCUUUAAACUUCCACAGCGACAUCCUGCAGCUUCAGUCAGUCCGCAGUGAUUCUGGCAGUUACAGCUGUGCCGUCAGAGGACAAGAACAUCUGCCCUCUCCUGCUGUCAGCCUCAGCGUCAUGUAUUCCCCCCGAAAUACAUCAGUGUCCAUCAUCAGUCCGUCUGGUGAAAUAGUGUCAGGAGAUUCAGUGACUCUGAACUGCAGCAGUGAUUCAAACCCUCCUGCAGAAAUCAGCUGGUUUAAGGAGAAUGAAACCUCAGCUGUUGGAUCUGGACAGAGUUUCAGCAUCUCCAGCUUUAACUCCAGUUUCAGUGGACGCUUCUACUGUGAGGCUCAGAAUAAAUAUGGAUCUCAGAGAUCAGCGUCUGUUUCUCUCACUGUUAAAGGUGUUUGGAAUAUCCUGUAUGUCAUUAUUGUUUGUGCCACUAUUGCAAUUAUAGCUGUUUUUGGGCUCUUGUUUCUCAUCAUUUUGUGCAUAAGGAAUAAGAGAAGAAAUAAUGACUCUAAAGACUCUGAGCAAAAAAAGGAAUCUACAGGAAAGAGCUCUGAAUCCGGAGAUGGUAAAGAUGCUUCUAUUCAAGACUGCAGAGAUAAAGACACAAAGGAACCUGAAGAGGAUGAGAUUCAGUAUGCCAGCAUUACAAUUCAAAAUCCUGCUACUGAAGACAAAUCUACAAGCCAAGAGAAGGAUUUGUCUGUGAUUUACAGCAGCGUCAUGAUCCAGACUUAAUUUUAUUUAUUUUUUUUAAAUUCUGGGAUUGCAUCUAAAAAUAUAAACCAGACUAUAAUAAGUUUUUUUCUCCCUGGCUUUAGUAUUUGUGUUUCAUUUAAUCAUGAUUACAUUUUGAGUGUGCAUUGCUGUUUUGCUUCUUAUCCCAGUCCCAUCAUAAAUGUAAUUUUGCAAAGUAUAAAUUUGUAUUGACAUAUUUCCUGUGUGUUAAUAAAAAAGUUUCAGACUGGUCAGGUAAUAUCA